GGGAAAGGCAGCGGCCUCGUCGGAGGAGGCGGAGCCGGGCCUCCCUCGCCAGCCUCGCCACCGCUUUUCAAACACAAACAAGCGCCCCCGGGGAGCCAGGCGCGCCUCCGCCAGCCAAACUGUUGCGCGGCGGCGGCGGCGGCGGCCCGGAGGAGCAGCCGGAGCAGCGGCAGCAGCGGCCCCAGGAGGCGCGGCGCCAGGCAGCCCGGAGGAGGCAGAGGCAGGCCGCCCGCCGGCCCCCGCGCCGCGCCAUGUCCCGCUCCAACCGGCAGCGCGAGUACAAGUGCGGCGACCUGGUCUUCGCCAAGAUGAAGGGCUACCCGCACUGGCCCGCCCGGGUAAGGCGCCGCGGGAGGCCGGGGAAGCGCCGGCAGGGGCGGGAAGGGGCCUCGCAGCGCGGCUCAGGCUCGGCUGCUCCCGCCAGGGCGCCCCGUCGCUCGGGCCUCGGGCGGGAAGGAGGCCGCGUGGCCGGGCGGCGGGAGAAGCAGCAGGGCCCGGGCGCCCGGGCGGGCCGCAGACGAGCGCCAGGCGGGCGCUGCCGGCCAGAGCCGCCCUCCAGGGCCCGGAGGGGUCCCUUCGGCCUGCCGCGCGGGCUUUGGGGCUUGCGUCCCUGGGCGGACAUGUCUCCACGCGGAGGGAGAAAGAGGGGCUCCCUCGCCGGAGGUGGGGCCGCGAAGCCGAGCCCCCUCGUGGCCGGGAGUUCCCAAGGCGGGUCCGGGAGCAGCCUCGCCCUGCCCGGCCAAGGCGGCAGGUCGCAGCACGAGGCGCAGGUGAGGCCUGCUCCAGGCAGCCGCCUUUCCUUCCGCGCGGCCCGGCCGCCUCACCUGCGCCGCUUUCUGCUCGGAGGGGAACGGGAGGCCUUGCUUUAGUAGUCAUUCAUUCGGGAGAAAUAGUUGCCUGCAAUUAUAGCAAUAUACUAAUACUGAGGAGCUGAAUUCUUUGGGAUAGAAAAGCGUCCAGUUAUUUGCUUAGAAACCCAAGUGGCCGCAGCACUUGCUAAAUCCUGGCUGCUGCCCGGUGCAUUCAACCUAAAACUCUGCUUCCCAAAGUUUGGUCUCCAGGUGUUUUUGGACGACAAUUCCCAUCAUCCCUGACCACUCGUCCUGCUAGGUAGGGAUGAUGGGAGUUGUAGUCCAAAAGGACCUGGAGGCCCAAGUAUGGGAAGCACUGACCUAAAAGGAGGAAGUGGUUAUAAUGCCCUCCAGGUGUUGUUGGACUACAACUCCCAUCACCUCUCACCAUUUUCCAUGGUGGCAGGCAGGGACUGAUAGGAAUUGGAGUCCAGCAUUGUCUGGAGGGCACCAUGUUGGCUAUUCCUGACCCAGAACGCUGUUGGGUGGGCAGUGCCCAACUAAGUCCAGACCCUCUGAAAAUAACAGCCCCAAGUUAAGUCACAAUCAUUCAUUUCAGUGAAUUGAACUAACACUGGAUACAGUUUGACGGACCCCCUCUGGAGGUGGGGAGAUCUUCUUCCUUGGAGGUUUCUGAGCAGAGGUUGGACAGCCAUCUGUCAGGGAUGCUUGAGCUGAUAUUCCUGCAUUGCAAGGGGUUGAACUACCUGACCCUUGGGGUCCCUUCCAACCAGACUGUGCUAUGAUUCCAGCCCUUUCUGUUGAAUCCCACUGAUUUGUCAUAGGCUAAGUUUACUACACGGGUGGUGCUGUGGUUUAAACCACUGAGCCUAGGGCUUGCCGACCAGAAGGUCAGCAGUUCGAAUCCCCGCGACGGGGUGAGCUCCCGUUGCUUGGUCCCUGCUCUUGCCAACCUAACAGUUCAAAAGCACGUCAAAGUGCAAGUAGAUAAAUAGGUACCGCUCCGGCGGGAAGGUAAACGGCAUUUCCUCACGCUGCUCUGGUUCGCCAGAAGAGGCUUAGUCAUGCUGGCCACACGACCCGGAAAAACUGCCUCCAGACAAAUGCCAGCUCCCUUGGCCUAUAGAGCGAGAUGAGUGCCGCAACCCCAGAGUCGUCCGCGACUGGACCUAACAGUCAGGGGUCCCUUUACCUUUAAGUUUACUACAUGGUGUGGUGUUUCUCUUCUUUUUCUGGGUGUUCUUAGCCACCCUGGGCUGUGAAUGAGGAAGGCUAGCAUGCAAGAGGUGGCACUGAUGUGUCUGUCCCAGGAAUGUGGUUUCUGAGGUCAGAGGCUUCCUCCCACCAGCAGCCAAAACAACUAAUCCCCCGCCCCCAUUUACACCAGAUCUCCCUGUUUCAAAAUUUCAUCCUAUAUUGGUGCGGAGCUAGCUUCUACUCAGAGCUGCAGGGCCUUCUCUGGCAUGGCCCCAAGGCUAUGGAAAUCUCCCUCGAGAGAGAGAGAUCCACUGGGCAGCUUCUCUGCAGACUUCUCAAAAACAGAUCAUGGAGCAUUUUGUUUCAGUUGACUUUCUUUGAACAACUUUCUUUGCUGGCCUUGCUGUUUGUUUCAACCCCGCGCCCCCUUUUUUGUGGAGUUGGAUCAUAGAGUGGUAGAGCUGGAAGGUUACCCUAGGGGUCAUUGAACCCACCCCCACCCCAAUCACAACUAAAUAAUUCCUGGCAGCACCUCUGCAUAAAAACUUCCAAGGAAGGAGAAUACACCACCUUCCCAUGGUGUUUUAUGAUGAUUAUUUCUAAUAAAAAUAAUAAUAGUUGUUAGUUGCUUUUUAAAAGAACUACUCUUGUUCCUUGUUGGAUGUUGUGUUGGGGGGGGGUGUCACUUUCCUCAUGCAGACCUCCUGUGCCGCCGCAGAGUUCCCCUGCGUGAUUUUUGGAAAGGGGUCUGAGCUGCCACAUUGGCCUCUAAAGACUCCUUUACUUCCUUUGCUUAUGGCAGUUGGAUUUGGGUGGGUGUCACCCCAUUUUGAAUGAGGAUACCUACGCAAGGGGGGCGAGUGUAGUGUUUGUUGGGUCAAGGGCAGCGUUAGAAAGUGAGAUAUGAAAUCUAGGAGCUAAAUGGCACCUUAAACCUAGGUUAUGGGCGCAACAAUGGAAUGUCUAGCCAUGCUUUUUUUAUAAUAUGAAUACAAAGCUGAAAAUGAAUGAACAGCAGCUCAAAUCUUAUGUUCAUUUUUCACAUGGUCUAGUCCUCAUCUGAAGACUGCAAAAAACUAAGCCAUACUUCCCCUGCCCGUCUCCCCUAAUAUUCUUAUGAGGGUCCCUUCUCCAAUCCUCAGAGAGUGGUUGAAAUAGAGAAGGCAGCAAAAGGUCCUCCUUUCGUUCCAGCCAAGGCAGUUUUAAUCUGAAAUCUUAAGUGCAGUACUGCACAUUAGAGAGGUUCUCUGUCGCAGAAGGCACCUAGAACAACAGGAGUUUCGAACGCUGGUCAAGAGCAUUAGCCAAAAGCUAAACCUCUCGAUUUCCUCCAUCUGUAAUAGUGCAGAGUUAUACCAGCCUACCUUACAGGGAUGUUAAGAGGAUUGUUGACAUAAUGUUUGGUUUUAGCCCGUUAAGCCCUUUUAAAAAGCUCUGUAUAAGUACAUGUGUGUCUUCUUGUUUUUACUUGUUGUGUCUUCAGUUAUUUAAUUAUUUCUGUUUAUUCCUGUAACCAUGAGGGCUAGAAGCUUGGGGUUUUUAUCAAAAUGAAAAAAGGGAAAUUCAGUAGUAGCUCAUUUGAUUAGAGUGUGGUGCUGAUAAUGCCAAGGUUUCAGGUUUGAACCCCGUAUGGGAUAGCUGCAUAUUCCUGCAUUGCGCAGUGGGGUGGACGAGACGAUCCUCAGGCAGUGCUCAAAAUUAACCAGGCGCGUUUUGCUACUGUUGUGGAUCCAAUUGUGCCCAUGUAGAGAAUUACUCCAUGUGGAGACUUACUCCAUAGUAAUUUCCAUUUCCACCGUGUGCGUUCCUCCUUCUUGCACACUGGGACAAGUGAAUUUUGUAAGAGGAAGCUACAAUCAAGCAAUGUAGUUGAGCUCAUAGAAUUGUAGCAUUGGAAGGGACCCUGAGGGUCAUUUAGUCCAACCCCCUGGUGAAUAGAUAUUCCUUUGCAGCAACUGCAACCUGGAUUCAAGUUGCCAUUUGUCGCCUAGCUUAUAUACCCAAGUUUCUAACCCUGUCAUGUCUCUUCCAACUCCACAAUUCUAUGGGUCUGUUGCUGCGAGAGAAACACUUUUGUACUUACUUCUGAGUAAACGUGCCUAGAACUUGGCUCCAUGGCCCUCGAAUGACCAUCGACAUGAUGAGCAGUGAAACCUGCAUAUAUUUGCGUAAAUAUUUGUGUGGCUAAAGUUGGAUACAGCCCAUAAACUUUGUGUGUUUUGCCUGUCAAUCUAGGAUCCCCCUCCUUCUUCCAAGAAGCUAUAGGGGGUGCCUUCCUUUAAUCAAUUCAAUAUUCCAGCUCCAGCAGCGUUGCCAAAAUCUUGCCACACACCCCCUCCUUGUUCACGCAAACCAGCACAGCACGCUUCCGAAGCUUGUCUGCUGUUGGUUGUUAAUUACAUUAUGUCCUGGCCCAAACCCCGCAGGGAGCCACUGUCAGCCAGUGCCACACGCCCCGUCGAUGAUGGGAGCACUGUCCCUGGUGUGGACAUUACUGAACUAGAUGCCCCAAUGGCCGACUCUGUUCCUCUUUAAACCAGACUUUUGUGGGAAACCAUGAGGACUAGAAUCUUCCGCUUGCAGAAGGGAUACAGCUCAGCAUUCACAAUUCACCAGGCACAUUUUGCCCCUGGCUGUCGGCCACUUGUGACCAAGUGAAGAUGCCGGGUGCCAGGAUGGCGCCUGACGCUCCCCCCAUCUGGGCAUCCUCGGGCCUUGCCUGUUUUCACACACUAACAACACAUCCUGUAGAAUUCUGUCUGUUAUAUUUUAUCUGCACAAUCGGAACAUAUUUCGGAAACCAAAAAGUUGUUCUGACAAAUAUGACUUUCCAGCCGUCUGGCCCCAAAUGCACCUAGACAUUCCGUUUUGGCGUCUGUAAACCUGGUUUAAGGAGCCAUUUGGCUCCUCCCUUAUAUAUCUGAGUUUCUAACACGGACGUGGUCGCAGCUCGAUGCUUGGAGCAGCUGCUUUGCAUGCCAAGCAGUCCAGGUUCAGUCCUCAGCAUCUCCAGGGAGGACUGGCAGAGACCCGUGCCUGAAGCCCUGGUGAGCUGCUGCCAGUCAGUGUAAGCAGUACUGGGUUAGACGGACCAGCAGCCUGUAUAAGGCAGCUUCCUAUACAGGGAGUGGAAGAGACCUGUCUAACCUAAAGCUUUAUGAUGGGGUGGCUGGCCUGGAGCUCCCUAGAUGUUGCGCGACGGGCUCCAACUCUCCCAGUCCCUUAGCAUUGGGGCCAAUCCUGCCUGGGUCCCACGGGAGUUGGAGUUCAGCAUCAUCAGGGGGUGUCGGGUAAAGGGAGGAGCAUGAGAAGCUGCCUUAUACUGACUCGGGCCAUUCACCUGACUGACUGGCAGAUGUUCUUCGGGGUCUCUGACUGGCAGGCUUCCCCAGCCCUUCCUGGUGAUGCCGGGAGUCGCAGCUGCAGGGCAUAUGCCCCAGCGCUGAGCUUUCCCCCAGGAACUUAAUUUCAUUUUCACAGGUAUUUAAUUCCAAUAAUCCGGGUGGGAUGUUUUACAUCAGGGCUGUUUGCAAUUUUAAUUCAGCAUUUCUCCAUUCCCCAAAGGCAUCACUUUUAAAUCUCUGGAUCAAAUAAACUUUCCAGUUUUCCACUCUAAUAUAUAUGUUCUGGAGUGGAAGCAUGCACAUCAACUGGGUAUCUUGUUUCCAGCCCAACUGAACCUUGAAUGCUACCCAGGAGCAUAAUUAGAACCUCUCCAGCAGCGGAGCCUACAAAGGUUUUGCACUGCAAAAUUUAAUAGACUCAUAGGGUUGGAAGGGACCCGAAGGUCAUCUGGUCCAACCCCAUAUGAUCGCAGAACUUGUAUCUGCUUAGGGGAGCCAUUGCGUAUAAGGACACUAAGGAAGGUCCGAUAUGGCUUCACAUUGGAUGGGAAACUGUGCGUUGCAGGGGGUUGGACUAGAUGACCCUCAGGGGCCCCUUCCAUUCUAUGAUUCUAAGCAAGAUCACUUCCUGGAAGGCAAAGUGCCAAGAACUUUCCAGAAGUAAGGGCGGCUGGUAGGUCCUGGGCAGAGGAGUGUUUCUCCACGAUAAGGAAAGUAGAUGACCACGCUGUUCGUUUGGCAUGAGCCGAUAUAAACGAAUGGUAGAAUAAUAGACGGCCUCUUGUGUCAUAUUGAUGGUGCUAGAGCUCAAGAGUCUCAUCUUUGCUCCGGAUUCACUCUCUUACAGAGGAAACGGGGCCUGCACUGUGCUUGAAAGGUGGCCACGGAUUCUGGCGACAGUGACAAGCUCCUGUUCCUUUUAUAUGUUAUACUGAUUAAACAUUACAUAAAGAUAAACAAUAAAUGAGCUAGUCAGGAAACGCAAGAGAGGUGAAAUGAGCUAUGACCUAAAUGCGUUUCUUUUGCAUUCAGGUAUUUCAACCCAUGUUGUUAAGGAGUGUCGAGGCUGCAAUCCCACACCCAAAGCCACUUACCGGGGGGUAAGCCCCACUGAAUUAAAAGAGACUUCUUCUUUUAAGUAGACAUGCAUAAUAGGAUUGUGCUAAUGUAGCUACACUUCUAAAAUAAUCCGGAUUAAACUUCAGAAAAGCCUGGUUUGGGUUUUUUUAAUGCACCAUUCCACGCAGCUGCUGCAGCUGGCCAUGGGGGUCCUGAGUCCGUCCCCUGCCCCCAAUCCUGGGGUGGCACUUUCCCCCAUGUUUCAUUCCAUGGGGCCUGGGUUUCCCCACACCCAGCUCCCUCCGCUGCUCCAAAGGGAGCUGGGAGCCACUGGAAGUGUGGGGUGCCCUAUGGUGGCGUCUGCCAGGCAGGCCUGUUAAUUUGCCAGGGAACCUUCUCAGGGUCGUGGCUUGAUUUGCUGCGAGGGGCCAGGCGCACCCAGAGCGGUCGAUGGGGAAAUGGAUUUCUAGGUUGCCAUGGCAGGAAUCGAGUGGUCCUGUGUGGGCGCCUUUGGAAGACUUCCCAGCUGCAAAGUGGAGGCCUGCUCAGGCCUCUCUUUGGAAGCAAGGGAGUUAUGGGCACCUAGCAAAAACUUCCUCCUCCUCCUCCAGGCUUUCCUUGGUGCACAGCCAUUUUUGCCUCUGCCUGCACCGGCCGCAGGGUUUGCUGGAAACCCUGCUGCCACGGGGCCUGGGAAUGGCUGCCUUUUGUCAUUGCUGCUCUUGCAAAACAAAACAGAAGCCGCCUGGCUCUCUGCUGCUGCCGCCUCUUUUCUUCCUUCCUUGCUGUGGCCGUUGGGGGAGAAGGGGGGGAGGAGGCCUCUCCUCCUCUCCCAAGAGGGAGCCAGGAAAGCCUUGCGGUUUGGGGGGAGGGGGGCUCUGUCCUCCACGCACAGAUGGUCCCUGCUGGCUCUGCAAGAGGUGCUCCUGUUUCAGCACAUCCAAGGGUCCUCUGGGCCCCCACCCCAUGGAGGCCAGCAGAGCAGGACCCCUGGCCUGGCUGGGCUUCCAUGCCCCACAGGGCCUGCUGGAUCUCCCUGGCCCCCACUGGGCGUGUGCAUCCUCCUGAUGCAAUUUCGUCUUCUCUUUUCUAUGUGCUUGAUGCAUUUUGUGCAGUUCUAACACUCGGCCAUCUUACAUUACCAGCCCAAACAAUUGCAGUCUAUUUUAAAACCCAUCAGAAGUUUUAAAUGAGCACAGAAGAUUGACCCAGCAGACCCGAUUUAACCGUCUCCAUUUAGGCAGCUCAGAAGUGUUUGUUGUUUCGAUGCUGAGCAAAUCAACCUGUUUGGAGGGUUUCUUAGCAAAAGGAUGCAUCCAGUUGGCCACUGUGAGAACAGGAUGCUGGAGUAAAUGGGCCCCCUUGGGCAUGAUCCAGGAAACAGGCUCUUCUUAGGUCCCUAUGAGAUGGUGGGAAACAAAUAGGGCUUGUUUUCCCCUCUUGUGACUCUUGGAAAGGUGGCUAGCGGUUUCCGCAGGUGGGCCUGGGCCUCUUGCCCCCACCUUGCCAGGCUGGCUCUCCCCCCCCCCCCAGGUUUCCAGGCUUGGCUCCCAGCCGGAGCAGCAGGCAGAACUCGUCCCUCUGUUCCAGGCUGCUUUUGAACCCUGCUCCUUCUGCAAAGAGCAAAAGGAAAGCCACUCUCUCUCCAUUUGCGCAGGCUCUGCGCUUGCGGAGUGACAGGGGCCUCAUCUCUGCACAUCCUAUUGCAGGGGGCUGGGCCAGAUGACCCCUGGAGGUCCCUUCCAACUCUACAAUUUGGGUUGAUCAGGGUCCGCUCUGGUUGCAUUUGGGAUCAACCAGGGAGUGGGGAAAGGGGCUUCUCUGGCCCCCAAUUUGCCCACCCCCCAUUCCACCCCCCACACUGAGCAUCUUUGAGGCCCCUGCCUGCUGGCCUCCCUGUCGCAAUCAGGCUCUGGCCCCCCCAGCCAGGGAAACCUGUUUCCCAGCCGGCCUUUCCUGUUGGCCCAGAUGGUCUCCUCCAUCACCCGCCACCCACCCACCAGACACCCAGGUGCUCCUUAGGGUGCCCCCCACCCCAUCCUUUUCCAGAUAAUGCUGAUCAGGCUCCCAAAAAACCUUGUGUGGAAAAGAGUGUUUGGGAGGGGGGACCCCCCCCCCGUCUGCCCUGCCUGGUUGCCCCACAGUGGGCAGGCCCCAGGUGGAGAGGCAUGGGGCUGGCAGGGCAAAGCCAGGCCUGGGGGGCGGAGCUGGAUUUGUGGGUCUCCUUCCUGCUGCUGCUGCUGCCAGGCUGAGUGUGCCUCUGGCCCAGCCUCCGGGGGGAGGUGCCUGGCCUGUGUGUGCUUGCAUGCGUGUGUUAAUGUGGGGCCAGUGCCAGGGGGGCAGAGGGCAGAGGCCUGCUUUGCUUUGCUUUGCUCUGCUCUGGCCCUCUGCCCUCUGGCUGGGCUCCCCUCCCUCCCCUGUCAGGCCAAAGAGAGGCAGAGAAGAGAAAGGCCUUCACACAGAGAGUUAAACUUUGGAACUCCCUCCCACCGGAGGCAGGGAUGGCCACCAACGUGGGUGGUUUCAUAAGAGGAUUGGACAAAUUCACGGAGGAGGAGAGGGCUAUGGAAGGCUAGGUGGUUGUGCUCAGAUCCUGCUUGCCAGCCCCUGUGAGAAGAGGAACCAGGCUCUUCUUGUGUUCUUAUGAAACCUCCGGGUCCAGAGGCAGUCUAUCACAAUCCCUAAGUUUCCAGAUUAUAUUGAGUAGAUGUGAGAACCGGAGGCUGGGCUAGAUGGGCCCCCCCUGGCCAGAUCCAGCAGCCAGGCUCUUCUUAGGUUUAUAUGGAGCCUCCAGGUCCAGAGACAGUCUAUCUGGAUUCAGGAGGCUGGGCUAGAUGGGCCCCUUGGGUGGCUGCAGCGGGCUCUUCUGGGAAAGGCCUCCUGCCUGGGUGAGGUCUGUCUUUGCACCCAGUUGCAGAUUCCAGCCAACCUUUGCACCUGCCCCUUUGCUCUCGGGGGGGGGGUGAGGCUGCCCAGGGCGCCUUGGCAGGUGCUGGGGCUGUGGGUGCCCAGGCCCUGCUGGGGAUCUCCUUCAGCCCUCCAUGGCUGCUCUUGAGGUCCAAGAGCCCCUUUGCCCAGCUGUCUGCGUGGGGCAGGGGGUGCCUUUCCCCAUCUCCAUUGGGAGGCAUCAGGGCUUGAACCCAGGACCCUUCCCAGGCCAGGCAGUCUGCUCCCCCACUGAUCUGUGGCCUUCCCUCUGGAAACACAGUUAAGGUCCCAAUCCUCACGGUUCCAAACAUCGGGAGCUGCCUCCGGGUCUGUCUCACUCAGUAUUGUUGGCACGGGCCGGCAGCAGCUGCUCACUAGAGGGAUUUGGGUUGGUGGAGGCAUUCCCAGCCCUACCAGGAGCUGCUGCCUGCGGAGCGGGAACCUGCAACCUUCUGCCUGCCAAGCAGCUGCUCUGCGGAAGAGGGAGGCAUUGUUGACCCUCCGUGGGGGCGGCUGUUGCUCCUCUCCCUCUCCUCCCACCCCACUGAUAACGGCUGGAGGGUGAAUGGGACCGGCCCCCUUGGCCAGAUCCCCAGGUGGGACAAAGGGCGCUCUCUGGGGUGCCCCCCCCUUGGCGCGUGUGGCCGCCUCCCUCCCUCUGAGGAAACCCAAGCGAGGCUGAGAGGCAGGAAGGGGCCUCCUGGCAGUGACUCAGCAAGGGUGGCGGCGGAGGCCCCUCCUCCUCCUCCUCCCUCCCCUGUGAGUCAGGCGGGCAGGGCCGGGCCAGAGGGAGAGGCUGCCGGAUCAGGCCAGAGGCCCCUCUGCUCCAGCCUCCUCUUCUCCCAGUGGACAAACCCCCCUCCAGAUAGACUGCCUCUGGACUUGGAAGCUCCAUAGGAACAGCAGGGGAGCCUGGCUGCUGGAUCAGGCCUAAGGGGGCCUCACAGGGGCCGACCAGCGGCUCCCAAGGAAAGGCCGCCCCCCAAGAGCCUGUGAAUUCUUCUCCUCCUCUUUUCAAGCCAUCCAGCUUGGCAGCCCUCACUGCUGCCUCUGGCAGGAGCUUGUUCUGAUGGAGCCUCCAGGUGCAGAGGCAGUCUAUCUAGACCCCUAGGUUCUAUGGGGCAUUUGGCCAGUGGGAGAGAUGGGCCCCCUUGGGGCUCUUGCUGGGUUCUGUGAGUGCCCUUUGGAGGCGCUGGGCCUCUUCCUCUUCCUCCUCUGGCAGCCCACCUGCCUCCUUCCCUCUGAGCCCCCUUUGUUCCCCUUUGCGGUUGGGGGUAUUGGGUUUCCCUCCACACCUUCCUCCUCCCCCAGGAGAAGCAGCACCUGCCUCUUCCUGCAGCUCAGAAACACCCAGGGGACCUGGGAGCAGGAUUAAGCCUUUUGUCUCUCCAACCUUUUUUCUUUUUAGCAAUCACCAGAUGGGGGGGGCGGCUGUUGUCUGGGCCAGGGAGGGGCCCACAUGGAGGGGAGGGGCAUUUCUCAAGCCAGGCUGCCAGCAAACAGCUUCUGGACAGAAUCAUAAAAUAACUGUCGAGUUGGGAGGGACCCCGAAGGGUCAUCUAGUCCAACCCCCUGCAAUGCAGGGAUGGCAGCUGAAGCAUCCAGGACAGGUGCCUGGAGGGGCAGACAGAGGCCACAGUUCAUGCACAAAGUGCUUUGCUGGCCUUUGGGGAUCUGCCCAUUCACCCCUGCUUGAGUUAGGUUUGCUUUUCAGCAUCAUGACCCGCCCCCCUUAAGAAGCACCCAUCUGGGUCAGAGGAAGACUCCUGCCCCUGUGAGGCCUCAGGCAGGCCAUGGAAGUAGCCAGGGGGGGUGGCCAUCCUAGGGGCCCAUGGAGCCCCCCACCCUGAUUUCCAGUACCCCUAAGAAGCUAGGAGUCAAGAUAGACUGCCUCUGGACCUGGAGGCUCCCUAAGAACAUAAGAACCUUCUGGAUCAGACCAGUGGCCCACCAAGGCCAGCAUCCUCUUCUCCUGUGCAGAAGCCAGUCAUUCGCUUGGGAUAGUGAGGACUAGAAUAUUGCUUUGUGUUUAGGGUGAGAGCCUGCAGGGCAGCUGCUUUGCUUGCGGAAGUCCCUGGCUGUUGGCCAAGCCAGCUGGGGGUGAUGGGAGCCGGGGGUUUGGGGUUUUGGUUUGAGGUGGCAAAAGGAGCCCCUGGGGGCCAGCUGUGCAGAUCAGAGCGGCCCCAGGCCGGCAGGUGGCUUUGCAGUGCCAAAAUCACAUGGGAGGGAGGGAGGGGGCUGGAUGCCCUUUGUUAGGCAGAGGAGAAAAUCCAGCAGGAAUUUGGAAGUGCUCCUCCUCUCUUCCCAUCUGCAGGGGCCGGGAGCAGCCUGGCCAUUGUUCCUCCCUGCCCCCCAUCCCUGCUGCUGCCCCCCCCCCAGCUGCAGAAUCUGCUGAGCUAAAUUGGCGCUGCAGUCUAGACAGGAGCUUACCAUUGGUCAAAAGGGGGCAGGGAGCCCUUGUCCCCUUGCAGUCCUGGCCCUGUGCCGAACAUAAGAGUGGCUGCCUGCCAGAUCAGUGCCCCCCCCCAUGUGUGUUCCCUAGCACCCAGGAGGCUGGCCCUCCCCACCGGCCCCCCUCCCCAAAGCAACCUGUAAGACGGGGCCUUUUAAGCAGAACUCAACUGCUGGGCUUUUUGUUUCAACAUUCAGUGUUCAUUUGUCCACCAUCUUCCUCUGUUGCCACACCUGAGGCGGUUUGCAAUCCGAAGAAACAACAGCAUAUGCAAUAAAAGUCACAUAUAAUGAUCCAAUCCCAUGUCAAAAAGUCAUAAUAUAAAAAUAUGACGUUAAGCAACUUAAACAGUUGAGAUUCCGGCCUUGCAGGGGUUGGACUAGAUGGCUGUGGGGUCCCUUCCAGCUCUACAAUUCUGUGGUUCUUUGAACUUGUAUCACAUAAUGUCCAAUAAUCCAUUUGAAAUAUAAGGUAAAGGUAAAGGGACCCCUGACCAUUAGGUCCAGUCGUGGCCGACUCUGGGGUUGCGGCGCUCAUCUCGCUUUCCUGGCCGAGGGAGCCGGCGUACAGCUUCCGGGUCAUGUGGCCAGCAGGACUAAGCCACUUCUGGCGAACCAGAGCAGCGCACGGAAACGCCGUUUACCUUCCCGCCGGAACGGUACCUAUUUAUCUACUUGCACUUUGACACAGUAAGAUUAACUCAAAAAGAUCAGUGAUUAAUAAUAGAGAAGAAGAGUUGGAACAAAUCAUUGAUAAACUAUAGCUGAUAAAAAUAACAGCAAGUCGGAAGACAUUAAAAAUGCAAAAGGAUCACACUGAGCAACAAAUUCACAUAACUUAUUUUUGAAAACCCCAAAAAUAUAUUUAUAUAAAUAUCCUAAAAAUAUAUUUAUUCUCCCCCCCCCAUCAGACUUGGGGGGUGGAGAAUGUCCUGGUGCCCCCCGUGGCCAGUCAGCUUAAUUCAGAGCCCUCAUGCGGGAUGCAGAGUCCCUCCCCCUCCCCACCCGCUUGCUGCUUUCCUUUCUCUUUCCAGUGGUCCUCUGCGAUAGACUGCCCCUGAGCCCAGAGGCUCCAUUGUGGUCUCUAGCUCUCUCCUCUGUGGUUUUGCCUGGACUUAAUGCGCCUCCAUCUUUUUGAUGAUACCAGCAGAGGUAUAUGGCCAAAAGAAUUGGCCUUGUCUGUGAUCUUAGCAGCUCAAAUAGUCAUUGCAACCUUAGUCCCAAAAUCUGACACUGGGCGCUUAGCACCAUUGCGGAGCUAUUGUGGAGAAAAUUAGGAGAUACUUUGAGAUUUCAGUGCAGACUAGAACCUGCAGAACCUUUUUGUGUGAUUUUGUUACAUAUAAAGUGGAAGCCUUGUUUUCAAGGCAGCCCUCCUUGCCAGUCUGGAGCUAGAGAAUGACCUGAUUCCCGGCUGGGGGUCCCUUCCGACUCCACGAUUCUGUGACUCCCAAAAACUUCUUAUUCCUUUUCCUCUCUGUCCAGAUCGAUGAGAUGCCAGAGUCCGCUGUGAAAUCGGCUUCCAACAAGUACCAGGUCUUUUUCUUCGGGACCCAUGAAACGUGAGUAGAAGGAAGCAGCCAGUUUCUCCUUUGCGAGGGGGGUUCGCCUCUGCCCCUGAACAGAGCUGCGUGUGCGGAUCUCAGACUUCGGAGCUGCUGCUUCCCGUGUGAUUUGGGGCUGGGGUCCAGCAUGGGGGUGUCGUGGGAGAAUGGCUGCGUACGAUUGCCACUGGGAAAUUCUGAAUAUUGAGCCAGCGUGCUAAUACCGGAUAAUCAUAAUUAUAAUUAAGUUUUUUAAGUUUAUUUUUUUUAAGGCAUUCCACUACCCCCUGGCCAGGACUGUGAGACAAAAUGUUGAAAGCCUAUUGGAAUUGUAGAGUUGGAAGGGACUCCAAGGGGCCACGGGUUCAAGUUCUCCCCUCUGGAGCAGCAGAAAACAGACUGGCUUCAUGGGAUGGCCCUUCAGAUAUUAGCUGGCCAUCAUGUCACCUCUUGUUCUCCUCUUUUCCAGUCUGAACAGACCUAACCUUCUCAUUAUAGAAACAGCUGUUAACAAAUUGCUGCCUGUGUUUUGAGUUUUCCUCCUCCCUCCCUAUCCCAUUUCCCUUGUGUGUUACGUUCCUUUACUGUAAGCCUGUGCAGGCAGAGACUGCCUUGUUGCGCUCUGGGAGCAUUUUUUUGGCUGAGGAGCAGGCCAUACAGAUGCUCCACAGAAACGCAUAAGUUAAAAAACUUGAAGCAAAGCCUACCACGUGUAUAGGCUUCUCCAGUGGGGCUUUCAGGGGCCGGUCUGGGCCAGCCUACGGCCCUUGUUUGUGUGUGUGACUCGCGGCUCCUCUCUCUCCACCCAGGGCGUUUCUGGGACCGAAAGACCUCUUCCCGUAUGAAGAGUGCAAGGGGAAAUUUGGGAAGGCCAACAAGCGGAAAGGCUUCAGCGAAGGCCUCUGGGAGAUAGAGAACAACCCCACCGUCAAGGCGUCCGGGUACCAGGUGCGCACUGGGGAGGAUUGCUUCCUCCGCCCAGCAGAGCUGCAAUUCCCAGCGGCCCAAACACGCUACAGCUCCCGGGAUUCCCGUGCGCCUUAAGUGUGGGGCGCAGCCAGGGUUGCUGCUCCUUCUGCGGGGCUGGCUUCCCGGCCUCCGGGGCCCCAGAGAUGGGAGGCCUCGUUCCGUGGCUUCCCGGUGGGGAAACCGAGGCUGAGUGUGUGCUUUCUGCCGCUUCCUCCGCAGCCAACCCAGAAGAAGGGCCCCACGGAGGACGCGGGGGCCGAGCGGGAGCCGGAAGCAGGGCAGAAGAAGGAGACCCCCGAAGGGAGCAGCGACGAGGAGGGGAACCUGGUGAUUGACGAGCAGUCCAAGGAGAAGAACGAGAAGGCCGGGAGCAAGAGGAAAGCAGAGGGGCCCCUCCUGGAGGUAGGUGGGGAGUGGGGGGGACGACCACACGUGGCCCACCCCACAGCCAGCCCUCUCGCAGCGGCCGGCUGGGGUGCAAAGGGUUAAAAGCCAGGGCGGGAAAAGGGUCUGGGGCGGCUCCUCCCGUGGGGCUCCCUUUCUCCUUCUCCCGGGAUACUAGAGGGGUUCAUUGAUCAAUCGAUUGUGUUCCUGUCCUGCCUUCUCUCCCCCAAGGAGCUAAAAGUGGGGUACAUGGUUCUCCCCCCUCACCAUUUAAUCCCCACAACAGCCCUGAAAGGUAGGUUAGGCCAAGAGCCAGCGACUGGCCCUCAAGGUCACACCCAGUGAACUUCCUGGCCCCCCACGGCCAUUUGAGCACCAGAAGCAGGUGGCUCAUUCUGGUGCGGUGAGGUCCCCCUCUGGGCUGGAGGCCCCUUGCAGAUCUCUUGGGGAUCGGCUCCUCCUGCUCUCCAGACGGGAGCUGGUGCCGGAAGCUGCUUUCAUCCCAGCUCAGGCCAAGCCUCCAUCCAGGUCAGUGUUGCCUGCUCUGACUGGAAGCAGCAGGGGCUCUCUGGGGCCCCAGGCACAAGUCUCACUCCCGGCCCUGUCUGGAGAUGCCUCUGGUGUGGGAUAGUGAGCCGGGGGUCUUACUCAUGCGAGGCACGUCUGCCCCCAUCUGCAGUGUUUCCCCAGGGACGGAUCCUGGGUGCUGUGUCUUGGGGCCCCAGAGGUCCCCACAUCUCUUUAUAAAAGUACUGCUAUGCCGCUAAAUCACAAAACGUACCAAAGUGUUAAAAUAGCGUUAAAAAUAUUUUUGUGAAAGCAUUUAAAAUAUUAACAGCAGUUUCAGAGUAAAAAAGGUUAAAAGCCAGGAUUGACAAACAGUUGUGGGGUUUGCACUCUUUUAAUUGCCUGCAUAGGAAUAGAAACGUUUUUGGCAGGUGUUGAGAAGUUGGCACAGAAGGCGACUGCUGCGUCUCAAGUGGCAGGGAGGUCCACAGGCCGAUGACACUCAAGGCUGGGUUUCUCGUCACGUCAUUCUGUGCUGCUGCUUUACCAUCUCCUGCAUUUUUAUUAAUUUGGCGCCCAGCUUUUGCCCCUCCCCCCAAUAUAUUAAUAAGGGUUCCUAGUUGGAAGGGGAUCCCCAAGGCUGAUCCAACCCCCUGCAAGGCAGGAGUCGCAGUCAAGGAUCCCCGAAAAAUGGCCCUCCAACUUCUGCUGAAGAACCUCCAAUGAGCCAUAAAGCCGUAGUGUCAGAAGGGACCCCCCGAGGCCAUCUAGCCCAACCCCUGCAGCGCCAGAAGCACCACAGCUCUUGAGCUGCAAAGAAGUGCUGGGGGGAGACGGGCUGGACCUCCCUGACCCCCUCUGUCGGCCUUGCAGGACUCCUCCCCCAAGCGCGCCAAGGAGAGCAAGGACCAGGAGGGCGCUGGGGGGGAGAAGCCCAAGGGCUGUGAGGGAGACGCCCCCAAGGAGAGCGAGAAGCCCAAGAAGCCGCAGCCCAGCAGCCUCCUCCCCGAUGGCGGGGAGAAGGAGGAGAACAGCAGCCGAGCCGCUGACGCGCCGGCCGGAGGCGAGGGGAAGGAGGAGGAGGACGAGGAGGAAGAGGACGAGGAGGAAGAGGACGAGGACAACGAGAAGGAGGACGAGGCCAGCAGAGACCACAAGGAGAGGUGAGGGCUCCCUGGCCCCGGGGUCAGGAGAAGGAAGGGUCCUGGAGGGGGGAGGGACCCCCAGGGGUCAUCCAGUCCAGCCCACUGCAAUGCUCCCCCUCUGCUCUCUCGCAGCCUGUAGCCGGCCGACCCGACCUGCUCUUCUCCUCCUUCUCCGGACCCGAUCCCGGCCUGCUGGCGGUUUCCCUGGGUGCUCAGAACCAGACUCCGACCCGCUGCCUGUGCCCCUCGUGGGGAGGGGGGCCAGGAGCCACAUUUCUGCGGAAGGAAGCGGAAGGAAAUGGCUCUUCCCAGCCGCCUCCCUCUGUCCCCCCCCCCCCAUCUCUCUCUCCCCUCUCCUCUCCUCUCCUGGCCCCGCCAUUUUGCGGGUCCUGCGCUUUGAGUUAGUCCUUUCUAGGGGGUUGGGAAACGCUGGUCAGCCACUUUGAAAUAAAAGCAGUUGAAUGCCUUUUUAAAAAAACAA